ACACUUUCAGAUUACUUAUGAACCACAGUUCUCUGAGAUAAUUCGUUCAGCAAAGUUUGUUUAUUUCGGCGUUGAUGGUAUUUUGGGUGUUAUAAUCAGUUGUGGAGUUAAAAGUGAUUUACAAUCAAUUCAAUGGGGAAAAAAUUGGUAAACAAAAUGCUGUUGUGAAUAUCUCGCGUGCUAUUUUCUUAAUAAAUAACUUGAAAACCAAAUAAAUAUAUAACGUCACUUAUGCAAUUAGUAACAAUUUAUAUACGAGCGUUUGUUAUGAAGUUAACAUCUCAAGAAAGCAUAAGAGCUUGGAUAUUAUCAGCUCUUAUGGUCCAUGGAGCAGUUGCUGGAAAUCCUGAUGCCAAACGACUUUACGACGAUCUUCUCAGUAAUUAUAACAAAUUGGUCCGGCCGGUUGUUAAUACCACAGAUGUACUCAAAGUCUGCAUAAAGUUGAAGCUCUCGCAACUAAUCGAUGUUAAUCUCAAAAAUCAGAUCAUGACGACGAAUCUAUGGGUGGAACAAUCUUGGUAUGACUACAAGUUGAGAUGGGAGCCUAAGGAAUACGGUGGCGUUCAUAUGUUGCAUGUUCCCUCUGAUCAUAUUUGGAGACCCGACAUCGUGCUUUAUAAUAAUGCUGAUGGUCAUUAUGAAGUAACACUUAUGACAAAAGCAAUAGUCUAUAGUAAUGGAUUGGUGAUUUGGCAACCACCUGCCGUCUAUAAGUCCUCUUGUUCAAUCGAUGUGGAAUAUUUUCCAUAUGACGUUCAGACGUGCAUCUUAAAAUUAGGAAGUUGGACCUAUGAUGGUUUUAAGGUGGACUUAAGGCAUAUGGAUGAGCAACAAGGCAGCAAUAUUGUCGACGUUGGCGUAGACUUAUCUGAAUUUUACAUGUCAGUUGAGUGGGAUAUACUAGAAGUGCCAGCUGUAAGGAAUGAAAAGUUUUACACUUGUUGCGAUGAGCCUUACUUGGACAUAACUUUUAACAUAACCAUGCGAAGAAAAACACUUUUCUACACCGUGAACAUCAUUAUACCAUGUAUGGGUAUCUCAUUUUUAACAGUUCUUACUUUUUACUUGCCUUCGGAUAGUGGAGAAAAGGUUACAUUAUCCAUUUCAAUUCUUAUUAGUCUUCACGUGUUUUUUCUGUUAGUCGUCGAAAUUAUUCCACCAACAUCAUUAGUUGUACCCUUGUUGGGAAAAUAUCUAAUAUUUGCUAUGAUAUUGGUUUCCAUAAGCAUUUGCGUUACAGUUGUGGUACUCAACGUUCAUUUCCGUUCUCCUCAAACACACCGUAUGGCACCAUGGGUUAAACGAGUUUUCAUAAACUUCUUGCCCAAAUUUCUAUUUAUUAAGAGACCAACAUAUAACUUCGAAACAAGUAAAUUGCUUUUGAAGGAUGCUCAUGCCUGUUUUUAUCCUUAUUACUCUUCGACCAACAUCGAUCGUCUGGUGGGUUCUGGAUAUAGUCACACACCUUCAAAAGAGGAAUUGACAACACAAAGCCUAACAAGCACAGGACCCUUUGGUGGGAGCUGUCAAGUCCAUGGUCCUUUACCGCAACUUACUCAUUCGAGCUCUGAAGAUUUAACAGCGGUUCCCGAUUUAGACAUUGGAAAUUCUGGAAUAAGAAGCCCAAUUUUAAAUAAUCCAGCAUUUUCGCAUUCAAAAUGCCCUCCACGAGUUCAUCGCAGCUGUUUUUGUGUUCGCUUUAUUGCCGAACAUACUAAAAUGCAAGAGGAUUCUACUAAAGUUAAAGAAGAUUGGAAAUAUGUCGCAAUGGUGUUGGAUAGAUUAUUUCUAUGGAUUUUCACGUUGGCUGUUGUAGCUGGUACAGCUGGAAUCAUAUUGCAAGCACCAACUCUUUAUGACGAUCGAAUUCCAAUAAUUGAACAAAAGGAUUUGGAGUUUUCCGGAACUUCUGCUGGCCGCUGUAGACCCCCCCAAUAGCAUUUUUAUUCCAAAACCGCGCAUAUAAUUUCGAAUUGACCGUAAUGUACUUGUGUGUCAAAUCAAUCAAUCACAAACGCCAGCAUUACAGUUUUCAUACAAAAUUUAUUUUUUCAAACAAGAAAAUCUAUUGUGAAAGUGCCAGAUGUAUUGGUAUUGAAGCAUUACUCAGCUUGGCCCCUUAAAAAAUAUAAUACAUAAUUUGUAAACCAAUUCAAGUUAAUCAUUAUUUUAAUCAUUAUGUUUAAUUUUAGAUUAUGAAAAUUUAAUAUUCUUCGUUAGUAUUACAAAUUACAUUAAUUACCCUUAAUAGUAUGUAACAGAAACCUAUACAUUUUUGACCGACCCUUCGAAGUGUUAUGUAAACAUAUCGGUAAAAUGUUAAGCCACUCCAUGAAAAUAAUUUGUGUUUUAUCCUGUAUAUAAUAAAAAUAAUAGUCCAUUUAGUUUAUGAAAUCUCUAAUUAUAUUCUGUUUAAUUUAUAUAAUUCAAAUAGUUUACCGUCAGCAAAGAAAAAUCUCUAUAGAUAAAUCGAACUUUCUAUACCCUGUACCCAAUUAAACGCAUGAAAUCAGGUAGAAAAAUAUUCAAGUUUUUAUAAAGCUAACAUUCUUAGGUUUGUAGUAUUUUAAUAACCGGAAAUUUAUGUAUAAAUUUAUGUAUAACAGAUUUGAUCACUCACUUUUUUCAAAUUUAAAUCGUCUUUUUAAUGUGCUUUUCCCAAAUGAGCAAACUUUUUGUCGUGUGGAAAUUCUAUAUAUUUCGCAACCUCCACAUAUUUAAUAUGACCCUAAAAUUAGCACGUAACAUAAUUAUUGCUUAAAUAACUUCUACAAUUUAUAUUCGAUCGCAACGGAAUUUUCAGGUAUCAUAAAUACUGUAGUGCCGGGAUAAUAGAUGGCGUGGCACUUGUUAUACAUGCAUAUGUGCGAGAAAUAUAUCUCUAUCUUUUAUAGUAUCUAAGAUAUAGGUGUUCAUACGGGCGGACAAACUGACGAAUGUGGCUAUAUCGUCUAAGUCUCUAUCGCACAUAAAUAUGAAAUACUCAGCUAUUUUAAUAAAAUGUCCUUAAAAAGAUAUACAAGUUCUCAGCUUUUUCACAAAGUUUAUACUUGACACUGGGUAGCGGGUAACUCCAUAAAAUAAACAUUUGUUGAUUAGCGUCAGUAGCUGAGAAACUAUUAACAGUUGUUAUUGUUUUAGAUUUUUGCAAAUUAUAAUUACAUUCUAUAUGAAUGUAAAAAAAUUAAAAAUUGAUUGCUUUAAAUACAAUAAUUCGAUGGAUUUCAGAAAUAAUUCCGCUUUUGCUCUGUUUUGCUUUUCCUGAAAAUGGGUGUUCCACAUUCGAUGCCUUUUAUUGUCAAUAUUUCAACCGAGCUCUUAAAAAUUGAAUGGAGUUUAAUGGGAUGUGAUUGAGAACAAAUAACUCAUACGAAUAUAGUAAGCUCCAUUUUUCCAUAGACUAAAUGUCGAUCAUCUUACCUAAAUCAUAUUAUUUAUUAUUCGCAUAUUAACUUAUAAUUAAUGAUUACUUUAUCUUAAUAACUAUUCUUUUUGAACAUUUGACAUUUUAACAUAUAUAUGUAUAUAUAUGUUAUAUGUCUUCUUAAAAGGUCAAUUAACUAUUCAUUCGUUAUUAGGAUUAGUUUAUAAUUACUUUAUUUCUUAAAUAAACUUAAAGCAAGAGAGAAUUAAGAGAUAAUUGACCAUUUGUAGAGAAUUGUUGCCAAAUUAGAUAAUAGAUAAGAAACGGAUUCUAAUUAGGUUAACUAUUAUUAUUACAUAAUAAUAAUAUUAUGCAGUGUAUUUAUCAACUUCUCAAAGUACUUACAUUUUUACUUAACUUUACGAUCAGAAUUGAGAAAUAAAUACAACAGCUAGUGUUCAGAAUACUGAUCGUAUUCGAAGGGUACCGGGUAUUAAAAGUAGUUGAUUUAUCUUGACAACCCGUUAAUAAAAAAAUUACAAAUGAAAAACUCUUACGAAAAAGUCCGGCCUCAAGCGUCAAGAUAAUGUCUUAACAUUUACAAAUAUUUAUGUAAAAAACUGUAAUAUGCAUAUUUUGCAUACAAAUAGAUGACCACAAUGCAGAACAUGGCUAUUAAAUUUAAAGUCGAAAACAUAAGUCACUUCGUACAUUAAAAAAUAACAUGCCUAGAGACACAUACACAUGAAUUUAUGAAACAAUGUAAUUUUUAACCAAAAGCGCACAACAUAUUAAAUUUUAUUUAUUAUUGCAGUAAAACCAAGUAUUUUUUAUUAUUAUAUAAUUGACUCAACAAAAUAUGAUCACUUUGUACGAGAUAUAUUGGAUAUUAAAAAUAUGUUAAGCAGAAAGAAAUUCAAGUAAAUAUUAAAUGAAACAGAUGUAUUUAUACUGGUAUAAAAGUUUAAAAAAAAAAUCGUUUCCUGUGCAAUAUUUUUUUUCAAAACCGUACUGAAAACCAUUUCGAAAAAUUAAAUAAAAAUUUUCAAUACAUAUGUAUGUAUGUACAUAUAUCUGCAUGUCACAUAACAAUGAUUGUGUAUAUGUAUAUGACAUACAUUUAAGUAUAUUACUACUGUGGGAAAAAGUAUCGAAACUAUGGUUAUUGUUUAAAAGCAAUUUAAUUUUUCUUCUAAAUUAGUUUUUUUUUUUAAAUAUCCAAAAAAGUCUUUAGAGCGUCUACCCCUAGGGUAGAAGGGUAUUAUAACUUUGUCCAGACGGGAAAUGUAUGUAACAAAAGGAGACAUCUCUAACCCCAUAAAGUAUAUACAUAUAUAUUCUUGAUCAGCGUCAACAGUCUGUCCGUAUGAAUAUCCAGAUAUCAGAAGCUAUGAGGAAUAGAACUAUGAUAAUUAUUCGUCAUCACUUGUUAUUUUUGCACCCAGAUCGGCACCACAAGUAAAAAAAUAAAUGAAAGUAAACUUUGUUUUGCAGCUAGAGUCGAUUUUUUGAACGUUCGACAAUGAUCAAUAAUGAUCCCUGAUAUAAAAGUUAUAUAUACAUAUAUGUUAUUCAAUAAAAAGUUAUAUAUGGAAAAACGGCUACUGUUGUCAUGUAAUGUAAUACUGUAUCGAUGUACCAAUUGCAGCCCUCGGUAUUUUUUGCAAUUUCUUUUGGUAUAUUUAUAAGGUACAUUUUAAGAAUAAUACCGCACUCAUUUGCUGUUUUCUGCUUAAAAAUGUGUAGCGGGUACCUCACAGUUGAGUUCACUCGACUAUAAUAUAACUGUUGGUUUUGGUUUCAAUCUUUCCAAAAUGCUGUCCACCAAGCAAUCGUUAAGUUCAGCGCUUAGCUUAAAAGUAAAUCCUACCAAUUCACACAAUUCCGGUGUGUCCAAAAUAAUUUGCAUCUAUUUGAUGACUAAAUUAUCUGAAAUGAAACACAAAAUGGCUUACACUGAGCAUUUCCAUGAGUCACACUGUCGUAAUGUCGAAGAUUGAUGAUUUUCGAACUUAAAUUUUUCGAUUUUUUACCUUGAACGCCUAACUUUAUGAAUCUUUAAAAACAAUUUACUAUUCAACCCAAAUUUAUUUUACAAAUAAAAAAAAAAUUGGUGCCGGCCUCAAUCUCUAGUAAAAACGCAGUUUGGUUUUAAAAGAACGAUAAGCUUUAACAAAAUUUUGUAAAGCGAUAAAGCUACCCUGCGUAUCAUCAGUUUCUCUUUUGUUUACAAUACAAAAUGUAGCAAAAACCAAUUCGGUCAUAACACUUUGGCCAAAUAGAGGAAUAUGUUAUUUAAAAAUAAUCUUGAUAUCUCUUGUUCUUCAGCUUCGUUUUUAACAAAUUUAUUUUUAAAUGGACGCAUACCGAUUGUAAAGAGUUAAUGAAGCGAAUUGAUUUUCUUUUUCGCUCGGUUCUUCUGUUUAAAAAUUUAUAAGAAGAAAUUGAGAAAACGGACUAAAUAUCACUAUUUUCAGAACUGACUUGAAGUGAAUAUAUAUUUAGAUAUAUGUGUGUAUGGACAUCAUAAGGCCACAUACAACUUCAAAUUGAUUUUUAAAAUUAUUUUUUAAGUAGCGAAUUAGUACACUUUUUUAGACCGAUCAAACAUUUUCAAUAUUGCUUUUAACACUCCUGGCAAUUUAAAGCAAGACUGUACUACUAAUCGCUCAGCAUCGCCACAACAAAUCAAAAAUUCUUUUUAUAUAACCAUACUUUUAAAAUAAUAAAGUUAUUCAAAAUAAAAGUUAUCGAUUAAAAGUGCAGUGUUUAAAUUUGUAAGUCCAGUAGUUUUUUAUUAGUAUUUCGAGAAAAAGAAAGAACAGUUUCGUAGAGGUGAAUUUGGAAAAUUACAACCUAAUUAAAUAUUUAAUAUGUUAACAUGUUAGAUGAUUUCCAUCUACCAUUUACUAAAGUGGAAAGGCGGUCCCUUUUUCUACAAAUAUCCAAAAAAUUAAAUUGGACUAUUAAUGACUCCCUGCAUGAAGUAUUUUUGGAUUAUUUCACAUAAUAGUAACCAUAGUACACAGUCGCUUUGUUCAGGCAGUGUUGGGAAAACGAAAAACCGUGAAUAGAUGAGAUAAUUAGUUAAUUAUAUUAGUUUACCAACAAUUUGUGAAAUUAUCUAUCUAUGCUUAUUUUAUUUAAAAGUUCUCGUACAUUGUGAAUGAGCCGUUUACCAACAUUCAAUUAGUAUUCAUGGUUCAAUGCCUAUUUGAUUUAUAGUUAUAUUGGCAAUCUACUUGUAAAAAUAUCGUUUCUUAAUAAUAGUAGUCUAAAUCGAAAAGAAACUUGUUUAAAUAAGUAUAUACCACUUAAAUUCCUAACAUACGUAUGUUGUUAAAUGAUUAAGUAUGUAUGUGUGUCGUAUACUUCAAAUUAUCAUACAAAAUGUGAAAUAGAAAGUUAACAUUAUAUUUAAUAAGUGAAAUGUUAGUUUAAAGUUCAUAUGGAUUUGUUACAUAAUAAAGUUGAAUAUAAAUGA